AUGUCGAUGCCAAGACCAUCACCAUGCUUUGCCAAGAUGGCAAGCAACGUUGUGUCGCAGAGACCCGUGAGCCGUGAAGAGUUGGAAAAGAGCGGAAACUUUGCCGCAGAAGGCACGAUCCCUCUGCAGCUUUCCCGCGAAUGGUAUUUCAAGCUCAACCCUGCCGACUCACCAUAA